AUGACUUCUCAUUGGAUUUGUGUGACAGUCGCACUGAUCCUCUGUCUGUGCUCUUGGACUUGGGCAGCGCCGUCGAUCGAGCAUUGGAGUAAAAUUGACGAAAUGGAGCGAACUAUAAAGGAACUGGCCACCACGGUUCUGGCAAUGAAUGGCGCUGGAGCUGAAGGACGAGCGGCGGACGGACUUGGGACUGAAAUCGGAGAUGGCGAAAUCAACUUGGAUGUGCUGAGCAACGAGGCUGCAGCUGCCUUGGCAGAACUCACUUAAGGUUCUCAUAUGUGAGAAGCAUUAAAAACGAACUCUGCUCUUCUAGACCCUAUGUUUAGCAGUCUUAGAGUGUUCUCGAAACUAAAUA